CUAGAUCUACGUUUUACAUCCCAAUCAGCUCGGAUGUUUGGCUUUGGAUCUCAAAUAAAGAUACCAUGACUGGUGGGAUUCGGCCAUGUCUCAAGGUUUUUUUCCUCGUCUUCAUCGUCUGGGUCGGCAUCGUCGUCUGCGGUUUCAUAUUCCAGUCCCAACUCCCGUCCCUCGAACACACCCCGAUGUCAAACAUCGCCUGGAAGGCUUCCAGUCUCUUUCUGUACCUAUCGGAAACGUCCCGGGUGAGCAAUGGGACGUCGCAAGAAGAGUGCAGUUUCCCGAAUUUAGACCCGUUUGAUCCUGUAAUCAUGCCAUACGUAAAACGCUUCCCGCCCAUCUCGUGCGAGAAAGGAUUAGCCUCCAUCGUAUAUCUCGACAGGUAUUUUUUGAAAGUGAAUAAAACCAAACUCCAGCAGAAAUUUCCAGGCGUGAAAUUCGGAGGAUGCACAUACAGGAAUUUGUACAGAAAGGAUAACAACGAUUUCGAAGUGGUAAACGGUUCAGAAAGUGAGAUGUUUAGCAACAAAAUCAAGUUGACUAUGAGGGAUGAGAAUUUGCUUAUUGGAUGCUUCGACAGUGAGCGCAAGCUAAUAUCCAGAUCGUAUAUGACCGUUGUCCAACUGAAACCCGACGUGGAGUUCAGGUGUGAGAAGGACUACAGAUCGCAUCUGGAAAACUUCCAACCGCGAGAGACUCUCAGCGUCCUCAUGGUAGGCACAGAUGGAAUGUCGAAGCAGAAUUUCGUAAGGUCUAUGCCCAAAACCAGAAACUUUUUACUAAAGAAUUUAAGCGCGUUGGAGCUACGUAAGUACAAUAAAUUGGGUUUAAACACUUUUCCCAAUGUCAUGCCUCUUCUGACAGGCAAACAUUACACAGAAUUCGCCGACGAAUGGAAGUGGGACGAGCCGUUGGAUAAGAUUGACUACGCGUUUCUGUGGAACGAUUUUCGGCGUGUGGGAUACCGCACAGCCAUGUUGAUGGACCGAGUGCAGGUCACGGCGUUCCACUAUCAGAAAAAAGGCUGGCACAAGCAGUUCGUGGACUACAACAACAGGCCUGUGGUGGAGGCUUCUGAACCGGACAAACUGGUGCGUCUUCCGGACAGUAACUGCGUGGGGGAUGUGCCUGAGAUGGCAUUCAUUUAUGACACGUGGACGCAGCUCACUCAACUUUUUAACAACACCCGCAACAAGCCAUACUUUGGAUACAGUUUCAUUUCCCGCCUUACGCACGAUAACCAGAACAGAGCGAGCGCAGGAGAUGAACUGUACCUCAAUUUCCUGUCUGAUCUACAUACCAAGAGGGUCUUGAACAACACACUACUCCUCUUUUUCAGUGACCACGGGGAGCGAUUUGGUCCUAUCAGAGCCACCUACAACGGGAUUAUCGAAGGCAGAACGCCCUACAUGUUUCUUGUAUUCCCGCCUUGGUUCUACCAAAAGUACCCGGGUCUAACGCGCGCUCUGAAGACCAACCAAGACCGACUUACCUCCCACUUCGACGUUCACGCCACGCUGAAAGACGUGGUCCACUUCACCGGGGAAACCCGUUCCAGAAAUAGCAGCCGUCGCGGCAUCAGCCUUUUCGGGGAAAUACCCAAAGGCAGAACGUGCGAGCAGGCGGGAAUUCCCGCUGAGUACUGCGUGUGCAACAAGCUGGCCAAAGCGGACGUCAGCCCUACUGUUGUGCACCAAUUGGCUUAUGAGGUUGUGAAUCAUGUGAUUUCGAAAACGGGAGAAGAGAGGAAGUUGUGCGCGAAGUUGUCUUUGGAGAGCGUGAUAUCCGUGCUGGUUGUCAAUGAGAAUUCUCUUGGGAAGACGAAUGAGACGAAGGAGAAGGAGGAGGAGGGAAAGGUGAAGAAGGAGAAGGAAGAAGACGUUCAAGUAUUUCAACUUUCCGUAAAGACAAAACCUGGCGGAGCGCUGUACGAAGCGACCGUGACAUUGUCGAAGAAGAAAAAAGUCACUGUCAUUGGAGACAUCUCAAGACUAAAUAUGUAUCGAGGUCAAGCGGAAUGCAUAGAAGAUUCGAGAAAGCGGCCGUUUUGUUACUGCCCUAGCCUUGUAAAGCCUUGAGCUUUGUGUUCAUUUGACAGUGCCUAUUAUAAAAACCAAAAACCAAAAC